AAGUUAAUAUGACCUAUGACGAUACUUGAAUAUACAUCUUCGCGUAGAGUGCAGUCCUUCCCCAGAAAGCGCAAUACAAUCAAGCGGCAACAAUGUUGCAGAUUUUAACUUUGUUUCUUCCCUUCUUAGUUUUCCUUCAAGCAUUUCCAUUGGAUAAUGUUACUGACGAGGAGCGGACGGCAGUUUUUAGCUAUUUAAUUCGUUAUGGCUAUUUGACUAGAUUAGAAAGCAGAAGCGAGAUCAAAUUUACAGAAGCAAUUAAGAGGUUCCAGAGCUUCUUUGAACUUCCCGUAACAGGAGUCAUUUCUAAUGAUGAGCUAGAGAUAAUGACCAAGCAGCGAUGUGGCAUUCCUGACUAUCUGACCAGUCGGUUUGGUGUCAGCCAAGCUUGGACGAAAAAGAACCUAACCUACCAUAUUGGAGCAAUUACCCCCAAAUUAACUGAAGAACAAGUAGGCGACACUAUUCGAAAUGCGUUGGAUAUAUGGGGUGCUGCAGCUAAUUUAACAUUUACUAGAGUUUCUAAGAAAGAGGAUGCCGACAUAGUGAUCUUCUUCGCGUCCGGAGCUCACGAAGGAGACACGAUUAGUUUUGAUGGCCGCGGAAGUACGUUAGGUCACGCAUUUUACCCUCCAAACGGGGAUCUCCAUUUUGACAUGGAUGAAAACUGGAUACUUGGAAAAGGCAGAGGAAUGACUGACUUGUUUAGUGUGGCUCUGCAUGAGCUUGGUCAUUCCAUGGGACUUGCGCAUUCCACGGUGUUUGAUGCUGUCAUGUAUCCUACCUAUCGAAUUGGGAAGCAGCUUCACCAAGAUGAUAUUAACGCAAUUAAUAAACUUUACAAAACUAGCUAGAACUUCGUAACCUCUAGGCUCAUUUACAGCCGCAAGCUAGUCAAUACUCUUAAUAUGGUUAUUUUUUUGACGGAAAAUAAUUUAAUUUUUGCCUCUGUACCAAUCUUUUUAUAAUAAAAGGAUACCUACAUGAAAAA